GGAAUAGGCCACGCCAUUUUGUUUAGAACAAGGACGCAAUGAGCGAUAACGACUUUCAAGAUUUUGAGCGUCAGCUUGCAGAAAAUAGGUCUGGUUAGUAUCACAGAUACAAAGGCAGCAACAGAAGGCGCUCAAGGUCACGUUCUAGAGGUCGGAGAUCACGAAGUCGAGAAAAGAAAAGAUCCAGAUCUAAGGAUAGGGAAAGAAAGCGAAGAUCAAGAAGUCGAUCAAGGGAGCGUGGCAGAAAGAGGAAGAAGCCUUACAAAUACUGGGAUGUCCCCCCUGCUGGGUUUGAGCAUAUGUCACCAAUGCAGUAUAAAGCUAUGCAAAGUGCUGGCCAAAUUCCACAGGCUAUAUCUGUGCCUAAUGUAGCCUUGACUAAUACAACAGUUCCCUUUGCUGGCAGUGCUAUCAGCCGACAGGCUAGACGACUGUAUGUGGGCAACAUACCAUUUGGUGUCACUGAGGAAGCAAUGAUGGAUUUCUUUAAUCACCAAAUGAAGAUGACAGGAUUAGCUCAGGCUGAAGGAAGCCCAGUCAUUGCUGUCCAAAUCAAUCUUGACAAGAACUUUGCCUUCUUGGAGUUCCGUUCUGUUGAUGAAACUACACAGGCCAUGGCUUUUGAUGGUAUCAACUUCCAGGGCCAGUCAUUAAAAAUCAGACGCCCCCGAGAUUAUCAGCCUCUCCCAGGAAUGGCAGAAACUCCCUCUGUCAAUGUGCCAGGAGUGGUUUCAACUGUGGUACAGGACUCGCCACACAAAAUCUUCAUUGGUGGACUGCCCAACUAUCUUAAUGAGGAUCAGGUGAAGGAGUUACUGACCUCUUUUGGACCAUUGAAGGCCUUUAACCUUGUAAAGGACAGUGCCACAGGCUUGUCUAAGGGAUACGCCUUCUGUGAAUAUGUAGACCCCAAUGUUACAGACCAGGGCUGUGCAGGACUGAAUGGUAUGCAGUUAGGAGACAAAAAAUUAAUUGUACAAAGAGCCAGUUUAGGUGCAAAGAACUCUCAAGUGCCGGUUCAGCUCCAGAUUCCAGGCUUGAACCUGAACCAGGGAGCAGGUCCUCCCACAGAAGUUCUGUGUCUGAUGAACAUGAUUGUCCCCGAAGAACUAGAGGAUGAAGAGGAAUAUGAAGAUAUUUUGGAAGAUGUUAAAGAGGAGUGCUCGAAAUACGGAGUUGUACGUAGCAUUGAAGUCCCAAGACCUAUUAAAGGUGUUGAAGUGCCAGGAUGUGGAAAGAUUUUUGUGGAGUUUAAUUCUAUCAUCGACUGUCAGAAAGCUCAGCAGGCUUUGACCGGGAGAAAGUUCUCAAACCGUGUCGUGGUGACCUCGUAUUAUGAUCCAGACCAAUACCACAGAAGAGAAUUUUAAAUCCUGACCAAUCUGUGUUAAUAGUGAUUUUCAUUGCUUACAACUUGAAUUUUGUCCUCAUUUUUAAAUUCACUUUAGAUAUAAAGACUCUUUUCAGCUGAAGAAGAGUUUCAUUUAAUUCAUAUUUAAGAGAAUAUGUUGUGUGAUACAAUUUUAAAAUGUAAUAAAUUUUGUUCAGCCAUCUUUUUGUUAUUUUAAGUGGUUAAAUAUAACUUUUUUAAUCAGAAAUGAAGUAUUUUUGAAUCAUGAUGGCCUGAUAAUUGAAUUUAUAUACAUAACACUGUACAGGGUAUUAUGAUGAUUUAUUAUUGAUCUACAAAUUCAGAACUAUUCUUUUUGCCUGUACUUUCAAAUUAAUUACACAACUCGAGCAUUGGAUUAAUAAAAUGUCUGAUACUAAUCUUAUAAUGUCAGAUGCAAAUUAUCUAAUAAUAAAAUGUCAGGAAUUCAGAUGCCAAUUAUCUACUAUCCAUUUUAAGAAAUGGAUGAAUUGUUUUGGCCUUUUCAUUCAAUGAAUUUCAUGCAUGUAUACACAAUUGUCAGUAAAUAUAAAAGAUUAGGCUUUUUCUCACUAUGACACAAUUGCAAUGAUUCCAAAUAAAUAUUCAAAGACUUUGCUGCUUAA